UGUUGUGUUGUUUUGUGUUGUGCUGUAAAGACCGCUCCGUUCCAUUCAGUACUGUAAAGCUUCAUCGGCACGCCAUUUCCACGACAAACUAUGCAUGGUGAAAACAUGAAAAUAAACCGAAAUAUAUGAGUAGAUAUUGCUUGGAGCACAAAUAUAUAUUCACAUUGACUACGUUCAAUAUAUAUACUAAUUGAAGAUCUCAAACAACUAUUAUUCAAUCAUAAUAUUACGAAAAUGUUAUGUCUUAGUUGGACGAAUGGAUUAAUCAUAUCUCUCUCUCUCUGUCCUCCUCUCUCUCUCUCUCUCCCUUGCUCUCUCUCUCAGAAUCCAGGCAGAUGCAGUCGUCUCCGCCCUGGUCGUACGACCAAUCGUAUCCUUACCUGGGCCAGAUGACCACGCCCACAGUCCACUCGGCCACUCCCCUCUCCCCCAGUCGCUCCUCCCUCAGCGAGCUGUCCUCGCGGCUCACCGGCCCCGACCUCGCCGCCUUCUCCGACCCCCGCCUCUCCCUCGAUCGCCCCUUCCCCUCGCUGAACGACGCCCGCUGCUUCGCCGACCCACGGCCCCCCUUGCACUACGCCCCCCCGGGCUCCGCCUCCUUUGCCUAUGGCCCCGCCCACAAUGCCGUCACCAUGGCGACGUCCAGAGCGCCCGCCGGCCGCUACCACCCCUACCUGGCCCCGCCCCCCUACCCUACCAACCACGUUCCCCACUCCCAGGGAGGCGGGGCCUUCCAGGCCACGCCCACCCCCUACCACCUGUACUACUCCGCCGCCGCUGGCUCGUACCAGUUCUCCGUCAUGGCAGGAGGUGGCGGAGCCGGGGGCGGGGCCGGAGGGGGCGGAGACUCGUCGAGGUCGCCGCCCCGUCACGCCUCCACAGGCUCCGCCCACCUGCACCCCUCGCUGCCCAAUCAGAGCGAGGGGCUGGGCGUGGAGGCGGAGUCGUCGGGGCACAGCGGCUCGCCGGCCAGCAUGGUGGCGGCCGAGGCCGUGUGGCGGCCAUAUUGAGGAGAGCACGUUGGCCGGUGUGGCGGCCAUAUUGAGGAAGGCUUGGUUGCCGAGGGGCGGCUUUAUAGAGGAGGGCACUGUGAAGAUAUCAUAUCAAAGAGGGUAGCUGGGGCGGUGUGGCGGCCAUAUUGAGGAGGGUAGGGUGGCCGAGGGAAACUGUCUGGCGGCCAUAUUGAGGAGGGGUGGUGGCGGAGGGAGGGCAGGGUUUUGUGAUUGGAGGACUAGCCGCCCGCCCCCCCCCCACCUGCCCCCCCUCUCUGCGUUGUUGUCGCCAGACUUGAUCGAGCGUACGACAAACGGAAGGACAGAAGCGACGCACGCCGGUUGGUCAUUUCCAAAAGAGUGACUGGCGCAUCGGCCAAUGAGACGACGAGGAAGUGAAAAGGAGGCGGGACUCUAUGGGAUCGCUCUUGCACAACAAUGGAAAGACGAUGACGGUGGCUUCUGAUUGGACAUUGUGUCGUGAUGAAUCGCAACCCGGCCGUCAGGAGGCGGAGCCUGUUGGGUGACGAAAAGAGAUUUACCCGAACCCAUUUCCUGUUGUUUUUGUUGUGAUUGCCUGGUUGUGUUUACAUCGAAGCACACACACACACACAGACACACACUGAAACACACUCACAUUACGUCAUAUCACACAUAAACACACAUAACCGCAAACACACUCCCACACACCCACAAUGAUACACAAACAAAGAAACCAACACACACAGACACACACACACACACACACACACAAACACACACACAAUACAUAAAACCACACACACAAUGAUAUAAAGCCAAAUGCAAUCACACACACACACACACACACACACACACACACACACACACACUCACCCCCCCCCCCCCCUCACACGGUGGGUCAGACUCCACCAUUCCAAGGUGACUUAUUUUAUACUCACUAGGAUUGUUCCCUUUGUGUAACGUUGUGGACAGCCUUGCUUCUAUGUGUGUACGUGUGGGUGCGUGUGUGCAUGUGUGUGUGUUUGUCUGGAAGGGGGUCGGGUCUUUCUCCGUGAGCUUUAUUUUUAUUUUACUCUUGUUAAGUUAUUAUUGCUCUUUUGUGCCUGUCUGCAUGCAUUUGGUGUGUGCGUGUGUAUCUACAAGCGUGUGUGUCUAGGUGCGUGCGCCGAGUGCGUUUGCAUGUGUGUGUGUGUGUAUGUAAGGAGGACUAAUGUGUGUGAAGAGGACUGUUAGUGUGUGAGGAGGACUGUGUGUGUAUGUCUGCUGCCAGGAUGAUUUGAC